UCCAAUCAAUUAUCGCCCAAGGGAAGCAAAUUCGUACAGGAAAGUUAAAGGCCCAGGGAAACAUGGGAAACAAGCUGCGCCGCCAACCACAAAGAGUUGAAGUCGACGAGGAGGUGAGACAGGAGCGCCCCCAGAAGAAACCACCAUCGUCAUGGCCCUUCUGGCGCCUGGUCUACUGGCUGGGAGUUCUCAUCAUGGUCGUCGGCAUCGGUGUGGGCAUGUACUUCACCCUCAAGACGGACUUCGGUGAGUGCUCCUCCUACGACGUCCGUUGCGAUUGAGUGCUCCUGGCGAUAUAGAAACUUCCACGGAAAUGGCGGAAUUCAUUACCCAUUGAACUUUAACUAAUUUGGAGCAGCUUUGCCCAGCGAAAGCAAUUGUUCUGCAUUUAGCGAGAAUUUAAUUAAAACUUGUCGAAACAUCAGUUUGAUCUUUUUACUUUUUAUCAUCGCAGCUUACAUUUUAUAUAUACCCCACAGAAUUGAUGAAGAUAAUUAUUGUUGGAUUCAUAUGUAAAGGUAUUCAUUUGUCUGUUCUACUGUUUGAAUUGUGAUAUGCUAAGCUUGGUUAUAUCACUAUCAACUUACGUGCAGUCCAAUACUUGUCAUACAUGGAUUCUUGCAGCUGGAUCUUAAUUAAAGCCGGAUGAAACACACCCACCACUAGACCGCCUCCUUUAUUGUUAACAAUUACAAAAAGCAAGGCCGAAGCCGCGCAAUCUCCAGCAACACAUGCAGAUACAUUUGUGCAUGUAGACACGGGUGUAUCUGUGAUGCUAUUCAAACUUAUUGGAGCGCUUCCUUUUGAUGGCGUUCUGGUUGACUCUUCAAUGGCGAAACACUUUUUAGUUGAAUGAAGCUAGUGAAUGCACAUAUUUUGGGUUGCAUAUAAAAAAUCCUACGAUGAUUCACUGCCCCUAUUUAUUUUGGUGUUAAUUAACGAAGUGGCGAAUGGCAUUCAUUGAUAAAAAAGUACAACGAUUUUUAUUUUACAAAAUGACUGCAUUUGUAUGCUAUUGCUGUAAUUAAAAUAUCAA